AUGGCCGAACAGACCGCGCAGGAAUCCCCGGCCUGGUCGGAUUCGGAUAGUGCGCCCUCUGUCGUCGAGAAGAAACGCCGCUUACCCCCCUUUCUGAACCAUUUCAAUGGCCGCGAUCUCAAGAUCUUCUUCCGAUGCUGGGUCGCCGUCUGGGUGGCUUGUCUGUUGAUCUUCAUCCAUCCCUCGCUGGAAAGCAUCGGCACCGCAACGUUCUUUGCCGCACUUGUUUUGAUGUUCUUGCCCCCAUCCGGGGUCGUCUUCAUCUACCUUCUGGGCGCGUUGUCCCUGUUUAUUGGUAUCUGUCUGGCUUGGGCAUGGGGCGUCAUCACCAUGAAGGCUGCCCAAGCGGCCAGGCCAGCGGCCGAGACGCAGGCCAAAGUGGCCUCGCUGCAGCAAUUAGCCGUUUCGCAGGCUCAAAAUUCGACGUAUACCCCGACCGAAAUAGCGCAGCGAUUGGUUUAUGAUGGAUACAUGCUGGAUGCGCGCGUCACCGCCGUCACGUUCUGUCUCAUCUGCACCUUUGUCUAUUUCAUGGCGCGUCUCCGAGCCAGUAAUCCCAAAGCUGCUUUGACAUCAGUCUUUGGGAUCAUCAUCUCCGACCUGUUUCUCAAUUACACUCCCCUUUUGCCCUCAUUCUCCGGCACUCUGCCCCUCACUCUCGUCAAACCCGCCGCCAUCGGAGUCGGACUUGGCCUGGCAUGCUCGGUACUCUUCUUCCCUCAGUCGACGUCGCACGUGGUCUUGGAUAACAUGGAGGAUAUCGUCCGACUUCUCCAACCGCCCCUGGCUAUCACAGCAAACACCCUCGGCAAGGAGGAACAACCGGACCCGGGCCAGCUGCGUGUGACACAGGCACAAAUCAUCCAGAAGUAUCGAGGCAUGUUGCCUGCGUUGGCAUUCUUGCCUCUCGACUUUUCCGUUGGGUGCUGGGGGGCGGAGGAUGUUGCGUCAUUCCAGGGCCCUUUGCGAGACGCCCUGGUUGCGGUUUUGGCGCUUUUGGAUUUCAACAUUGCCCGCAUUGCGGGCCAGGCUCGUUCUGAGGACAUUCUGCGUAAGUAUGUCGAUCAGAAAGUUGCAGACGGGGAGGAAAAGCCCACGCGCGAGGUCGGCGCGCAUCAGCUCACUCAGCUUGCUGAGCUACUGAAUGGGUUCCGCAGCCCGGAUAGCCAACCGCUGCGCAAGGAGGUCGUCCAGGAGCUGGUCCGGACAAGCGCAGCGGCCAUUGAUGCCUGCACGGAAGGGCUGGGCGUUGUUCAAGAGUGUAUUCACCUUGUGAACUGUCGACGUUGGUUCCGACAGCCAUCCCAGGCUGAACGCGAGCGGCUGCAGCAACGCAGUGACAGUGCACUUGAAACCCUGCGCAAGGCGCGUUCCGCCUUUAUCAAUGACAUGAGUGAGAUCCUGAUCGGGGAGCAUGACCAACGGAUGGCGGAUCAGGCCCAGCAGUUUCGGCCGCUCAUGUUCGUUCUGGUAUUCGAGGAGCAUAUCUCCAACACCGUGGAGAAGACCGAGGCCCUGCUCGCGCGGGUAUCCACAGUCUUUCAAGGAUCCACCAGAGUCCGCAUCUACUUGCCAACACGACUCCGAUACGCCGCUUCCUGGGCAUCCGCUAAGGAGGUCAAAGCUCCGGGGUCGCAGACGACCGAAGACGAUCCUGAUAGCGUCAGUGUCGACGACGUAGCCAAAUCUGCGCAAGAGAAGCUGCGUGCCACCCGCGGAUACCGCACUAAGCAACGCCAUCCGUUCAGUCGAGCUGUCCUCGGAAUCUAUCACUGGUUCACAUGCGACCAGGGCCUAUACGCCCUGCGGAUGGUCGUGGUCACGAUUGCCCUGGGCAUCCCCGGCGUGAUUCCUCACAGUGCGAGCUUUUACUACCGUGAAAAGGGGCUUUGGGCGCUGAUCAUGGGGCAGACGGGGUUGCUCGUGUACAUGGCGGAUUUUGCGUUCGCCCUGAUGGCGAGGGUCAUUGGGACCGUGAUUGGGGGAGUUUUAGGGCUGCUGGCGUGGUACAUCGGGUCCGCAAAUGGACCGGGCAAUCCGUAUGGGUUGGCGGCCAUCACCGCCGUGGUGCUGGCGAUUCUCGUCUGGGUGCGACUGUAUUUGCACCCGAGCAUGAUGCAGGGCGGAAUCAUCGGGGCAGCUACAUUUCUGCUGGUGAUCGCGUAUAGCUACGAUGAUACACAUAUUCCCCAGUAUGGCAACCCGGGAGUCGGCUACAGCGUCUUCUGGAGACGGCUCGUGCUGGUGCUGGUAGGCGUCGCCGCGUCGGCCAUCCUGCAGCUCCUCCCACGCCCUCCUUCCGCAUCUCGUCAUGUCUGCAAGACACUCUCCCGCACCGUGCGAACGCUGUCUACUCACUACGCACUCCUUCUCUCAGUCUGGGCACAAGGGUCCAGCGAGGGCAAAGCGCUCGCCGAACCAUUGUCCCUGCAGUUGGCCGAAUCCCUGGUCGCCCUCGAGGGACCCAUCAAGCUACUCAAGUUCGAGUUCUCCAGCUCCCGCUUCGACAGCGAAUCGCUAGGCAGGGUGAACACCCUCUGCCGCAGCCUGAACCGACAACUCGCUCGACUCCUGCUUCUAUCUUCGUCCCUCUCGCCAGAGUUCCAGGAACAGCUGGCGCGACAGACAGGGCUCCUGGACCACCGACUAAUCGGACAGGUCAUGGCGGUGAUGGGGAUUUGCGAGCAGGCGCUGAAAACGGGCGAUGCACUGCCGGAGAUUCUCCCGACACCGUUGUUCAAGCAGGCGGUGGACCAGUGGUCGCGGGGGCGACGGGGGGAACUGAUCUCGGGGGAAAUGAUGCGGGACGAGGGAUAUCGCAAGUUCUGUGUGGCGGCCAGCGCAUACUUUGGGUUCUUGCUGACGGUGGAUGAGCUGGUUCUGGUAGUAAAGGGAGUGUUGGGAGAGGCUCAUUUAGUGGGUAGAGAGGGGAAAUGGCUAUUGGGAGAUGUCGAGGAUGGAGUGGCGACGAGUACGGAGGAAUAG